UAAAACGAAGUUGAUUGAGAGUUUACCUUGAAAAUUUCCUUCCCUUUGACAAGCAGCUCAAUGUCUCUGGAUCCCAAAUGACACUUGACCUCUUUACCAGACGUCCCAUGAGGCACAUUGACUUCGAUAAAAACCUCCUCCAUGGUCUGGUACCAGGAGCCCCAGGGCGUCUUGCAGGGGACGACGCCGCUCCUCUCCUCGAAGUGCACCGACAUGCUGCGGCUUCACACACGGCUGACAGUCUUGGUAGUGUACUUGGAAUUGAGAAGAUUUACUCGGACAACAUCACUCUCAUUUUGGAUCGACUUUUGGAUGGUUAUGACAACAGACUACGACCAGGAUCUGGAGGUGGUGUUACGGAGGUGAAAACAGACUUCUUUGUCACCAGCUUUGGACCUGUUUCAGAUGUUGAGAUGGAGUACACCAUGGACAUGUUCUUCCGUCAGAUGUGGGUUGAUGAGCGGCUCAAAUUUGAGGGCCCCACUGAAAUCCUUCGACUGAACAACCGCAUGGUGGACAAGAUCUGGACGCCAGACACUUUCUUCCGAAACUCCAGGAAGUCAAUUUCUCAUAACACGACCACACCUAACAAACUCUUCCGCAUCAUGCAGAACGGGACUGUCCUCUACACCAUGAGGCUGACCAUUGGCGCAGAGUGUCCAAUGAGACUGAUGGACUUCCCUAUGGACGCUCACUCCUGUCCUCUCAGGUUUGGAAGCUAUGCCUACACGAGCAGUGAAAUCCUUUUCACUUGGAGGAAGGGACCAGUAGCCUCUGUCGAGUGUCCCGCUGAGUCCAUGAGUCUUCUGCAAUAUGACCUGGUGGGACAGACUUUGUCCAGUGAAAUAUUCAAAUCAAACACAGGUCACUACUCUGUGCAGGUGGUCCAUUUCCACCUCAAGAGGAAGCUGGGCUACUACCUUAUACAGACUUACGUUCCUCUUAUAAUGGUUGUUGUGCUGUCACAAGUCUCUUUUUGGAUCAACAAAGAGUCUGUUCCUGCACGCACAGUUGCUGGUACGCUUCUCUUUCCCCAUGCAUGUCUGCCCAACUCGUUCCUGUGCUAUCAUAAGCCUGUGUCUCCAACGGUAUCACUACAGUCCAAAGCCACUAUUCCAUACUGGUUCAUUGCUGUGUGUUUUGCCUUUGUGGCGUCGGCUCUUAUCGAGUUUGCAGCAGUAAACUACUUUGCCACCCUCCAGGCCAACCGUCUGAAGAAGGAGAAAGCUAGACGAGAAAAGCUUGAGGUGUUAGAUGCCGGCAGCGAUGAUGAAAACGCAAUUUCGUUGGACGGCAGCCAUCAGGAAGACCUGAAGAGGAGAAACCACUCAGUGUGUCGCAGUGAGCCAGGAGAAGCUUCGCGGGUGCCGAUUUUCCUCCAUCAGGGCUCAGCUUUUCCUCAAAUCCCGCAGCUGGCUGGCACCAGCCCCAUUGACAAGUACGCCCGCAUCCUCUUCCCCCUGGCCUUUGCGCUCUUCAACCUAGUCUACUGGUACAUCUACCUGGCCAAAGACACCAUGGAGAUCGCCAGGAAUGGGGUUCUUAAAAACUGAGAGGACCUGGAAAAGGCCAUGUGCAGCCUGAGAGAUCUUCAGCAUCCAGCCAGCAAGCCUCACCCUCCUGUCUCUCUCUGUGUGUGAACAAGCUCUCAGCGGUUUCUCUGCUCUCAUCUGACAGAGGAAAUGAAUCAGAAACUCAUUUUAUUCUCCUGCCGCACAUCUAUUCAUUUCACAGGCUGUGACCACUGCCCACUUGUGUUCUGAUCAGUAGCUGAAGAGCUGCCCUUCACGGGCCUCAAUCACUUUAAAGCCCGCCACGUACACACAACAACUUCUCGGGGCCCCCGGACCGAGACAGACGCCACACACAUACAGUAUGCUUGACACUCAGACGCACACUUAGACACACAAACCAAGAAACACAUCAAAAAGAAGUGGAUGAUAUAAUCUAUGAUGGCUGUAACUGGUGGUGAUGCAACAGUGAACCAAUGCUUUCAGAAGCCUGCCCUCUACAGAAGCAUAGCUCCCACUACAACAAGAUCAAAGGCAAUUUACAGGAGCCUCGCAUCCCUCCCCGCGGCCUCAAAAAUCAACUCAAACCUGAGAAAAUGAAUUGUGGGAUUGUGUUUUUCAUCCCACCUUUCUGCUCUGGCGCUCUGUUGCUCCCUCUGCAUUUCCAGAUCUACUGCAGGUCCUCUUUAAACAUUGCAGGGAAGCGUGUAGGCUUUAAUACCCAUAAGUGUUGAUGGCAUUCAUUUUCUGUUUUUGUACAGAUGCUGCAUGUUUGUUGGGCACAGAUGUUUAAAGUGUCUACUUGCAAUGGAUGGAGUGUUAUUCUCUUUUUAGCCACUUAACAUGUGCAGUAACAUAAAACUGAAGGAAUAAAGUGGCUCUUAAGUUUUCAUUUUGACCACUUGAACCCUUCAGUCCCAUUGUUUGACCUUGUCAUGAUAUAGACAAACUCGUCUGCCCUGUGAUGAACAUAAAAAUAAAACAAGCCUGCAUUAACA